UUGAGGUUACUUUCACGUGUAUUUUUGAAAUAAAUGUAACCACUGGUAAUCACUAAGAAAAUGAAGUUUAAGAAGAAGAGUAACAAAUUUAAUAAUUUUAAAAAUAAAAAACAUGAUGAUUCAUUUGAAACAAAUUAUGAAGAAGAAGUCUUAAGAAAUCCGACAAAAUGGUAUGAAGAAGUACCAGAAGAUCCAGCCGAAUUUCCCCCAGUUACAGAUCAACAAUUGAUAGAACUGAAAGAUGAAGCAAAAAAAUUGCACGAUGCAGAAACUCUUGCUUAUAGUACAAAAAAUGCUAGGCUGAAUAAAUCAUCAGAUUAUCAGUGGAUUAGAACAGUUCUUGCUAAAGGUACAUCAUCUGAUAAGAUUGCAGCUUAUACAAUAUUGAUUCAAGAUAAUCCCGUAUAUAAUUUAAAAUCAAUUCAGGAUUUAGUUGGAAUGGUGAAAGUUUCUAAGAAAAAAGAAUGUCUGACUGUUAUUCAAACGUUGUCUGAAUUAUUUCUACAAGAUUUACUAAAGCCUGACGUAAAAUUGAAAGCUUUCCACCAACGUCCGCUUUCAAUGUUAACAGAGUUAACAUCGGGUAAUAUUGUUACCAAAAAACGUCGUUUAGUGUUGUGGUAUUUUGAAGAUCAAUUAAAAGAAACAUAUACAUCAUUUGUACAAGCUUUAACCAAGGCUGCACAUGAUACUGUAGAAGCUACUAAAGAAAAAGCAAUUAAUGCUAUGUAUUAUUUAUUGUGCGAACAUCCGGAGCAAGAAAAGAAUUUACUUACAAACAUCGUGAAUAAAUUGGGUGAUCCAUCACAAAAAGUGGCUGCGAAAACAAUAUUUUGUCUAAGUCAAUUACUUUUUAAACAUCCAAGAAUGAAAGAUAUUGUAUUAUCAGAAAUCGAGAAGUUAGUAUUUCGUUCAAAUGUUUCACAUAAAGCACAAUAUUACAGCAUUUGUUUUCUAUCUCAAUAUUAUUUGACGCAUGAGGACACUGAUGUAGCCAAACAUUUAAUAACAGUCUAUUUUGCAUUCUUUAGAUCUUGUGUCAAAAAAGAUGAAAUCAAUUCACGAAUGAUGUCUGCAUUAUUGAUGGGUGUCAAUCGUGCAUAUCCAUACGCUAAAUUAGAAUUAAAUCAAGUGAAUGAACACAUUGAUACCAUUUACAAAGUUGUUCAUCAAGCUAAUUUUAAUGUUGGUUUGCAUGCGUUGACAUUGUUGUUUCAAGUGUGCGAUUUAAGAAAUUCUGUAAAUGACAGAUUUUAUUCGGCGCUGUAUAAAAAAAUGUUUGAUCCAAAAAUUAAUGAUUCAACUCAUCAAGCAAUGUUUUUAAAUUUAAUUUUCAAAGCAAUCAAGAAAGAUGAAAAUGUAGAAAGAAUAAAUGUUUUUAUUAAACGUUUAUUACAAAUAGCGUUAAACACAUCUGUGCCAAUGGCAUGCGGUAUAUUAUAUACAAUAUCUCAACUUUGUCGUUUAAAGAAGCAUAAACUUUUAUUAUUGAAUAGAAACACUAAUAAUGUUAAACAAGAUACUAGUAAUGCUGAAACCAUUGAUGAUAUUUUGGCGAAAGGAAAGACAAAUCAAAAAAAUUCCGAGGAAAUCAUUGAAGAAAAUACUCUGCUAGUUAAUACCGAAACUUCUACAACAAAUACCAUAGACAAUAUAGUAAAACAAGAACUAGAUAAGGAGAAAAAACAUACACGAGUUGAAUAUUACGAUCCACAUCAUCGAAAUCCGUUAUACGCUGGUGGAGAAUUUUGUGUUCAUUCAGAAUUAUCUUUAUUACAAGAACAUUUUCAUCCUAGUGUUGCACUAUUUAGUAAAAAUUUAGUAAAUGGCCAAAAAAUUGAAUAUUCUGGUGAUCCAUUAAAAGAUUAUACUCUAAUUAGAUUUUUAGAUCGAUUUGUAUUUAAGAAUCCCAAAAAAAUUGAUGAAAAUGAUGAAACUUCUAAAAAAGCUGGUUAUCAUUUUAAAUUUGGACAAAGAAAAGCAUAUGUACCGAGCGGAUUGAGAUCUAUUCCUGUUACAUCAAACAAUUAUCUCAAAGAAGCUGAAUCUAAAAUUCCUGUAGAUGAAUUAUUCAUGUAUAGAUUUUUACAAAAGAAAAUUCAAAAUAAAAAACAAAAGUCUGAAGAGGAUGAUGAGGAUGCUGAAUCUGAUCAGGAAUCUGUAAAUAGUGAUGAAUUUAAUGAAAUGUUGGAUCAAAUGGUGGGUAAGAAAAAAGGAACUGCUGAAAGUGAUGAUGAAGAUGACGUUGAUUUUAUGAACGAAGUUGGGGAUGCAUUGAAGGCGCCAAAAAUUAAAUCAAAGAAGAGAAAAUCAAAUGACGAAGACGAAUCUGAAGAUGAACAAGCGUCUGUUGGUGACCAAGACGAUAAUGAAUUCGAUGAUGAUGACUUUGGUAAUGAUGACGAUUUAGAAUUGGAUUCAGAUGAUGCUGGAGAAGAUUUCGAUUUGGAUGAUGACGAUAUUAGUGAUGAUGCAGUUGGUGACGAAAAACCAAGUAAAUCGAAGAAAAAAUUACGAAAAUCAGACGAUAUUACUUCAGCAUUUGCUUCUGCAGAAGAAUUCGCUUUGAUGUUGGAAAAAACUGGUUCUUCGAAAUUCAAACAUGGAACUUCAGACGCUAUGUUUAAUGAUGAUAAAUCAGAUGAAAAACAAAUGGCCUGGGAACAAAAACGUAAUCAAUGGAUAUCCGGAUUUAACAGUGCACUUGGUAAAAAGAAAAAAGCUAAAAAUUUCAGUAUACCAGCGAAAGGGCAAAAAAGAAAACAACCAAAUCACAUACAAAAAGGAAAGAAGAAAAUGAAGAAACAAUAA